ACUGAGGAAGGGCAAAAAGUCAUUCCGCCUAAGUCUUCCUGGGAGCUGUCAGAGAGAGGCAUCCUCUCACACAUACAAGAAGUAGUGACUGCUGGUUUUAACACAAUUGCACAAGAGUUUAAAGAUAUUGACUCUUCAAAAGAUAAUACAGUAUCGAAAGAGGAGUUCUGGGAUAUAUAUAACCGACAUUUUCAGCAUCUGACUGAAGAACAAUUCGAAAAUCUUUGGAACACAGUGGAUGUCAGUGCUGGUGGACGGCUGAAAUAUCAGGACUUUUUGAAGAAGUUCAGCUCAGAACUUGUAACGAUGCCAUCAAGCAUUCCCAGUGCAACUAGUUCUGCAACUUCUACCAAGCCAGCUACCCGUGCCAUGCAGGAGCCACGUGUGUCUUCUCAGCCUGAACAUCCCAAGACAUCGUCUUCUCUAGUAGGGCAAAAGAGCAUACCAGCACCCAGUCGUCCUCAGACAACAACAACUUGUUCUGCACCUAUCCUUAACUGUGAAACAAUAGAAAAUAAGAUAAGAAAGAACAUUCAACACUGCUGGAGAGGCAUACUGAAAGUGUGCCGAGAGAAGGAUGUCAGCAAGCUAGGAGAAAUCCCAGUGUCAGACUUCCUAGAUAUAGCAGAGAAAUUCAAUUUGGAUUUAAGUGAAGGGGAAAUUAACCAAAUAACAACAAAAUAUGAUUUAAAGAAAAAUGGAAGAUUUGCAUACUAUGACUUCCUUCAGAGUUGUAUCUUGUUGUUAAAACCACAGGAAAGCUCACUGCUACAGAGAGUAAUUAUACAGAAGCCACAAAAGCCAAUGAGUCCUGGACCACAAACCAUGUCGUUCUUCAGCGCAAUGCUGAGAAUUCAGCCCCAGAUCUUGCACUGCUGGAGACCAAUGAAGAGAACUUUUAAAUCCUAUGAUGAAAGUCAUACUGGACUGUUAGAUAUUGCAGAUUUCAUACAAGUUCUUCAUGAGUACAGCAUUGACCUGACUGAAGAGGAGUUAUUCCACAUUUUGGAAUAUUAUGAUAAAACUUUGUCUUCAAAAAUAUCCUAUAAUGAUUUUCUCCGGGCAUUCAUACAGUAG